UCCACCACAAGACCCACCUCAAGACCCACCACUGGCUCCACCACAAGACCCACCACAAGACCCACCACUGGCUCAACAACAAGUCCCGCCACAGAGUCCACCAUAGUAUCAACAACAAGCACAACCACUACCACUGGCUCAACCACAAGACCCACCACAAGACCCACCACUAGUUCC